AUGUCACUCACCGAAGACGCAGGCCCUCGUCGUCCGCAGCGUCGCCGCCUCCGUCAGUCACAAAGUAACGUCGCUCCGGCUCUCGUGCACACGCGGCCGUCGAGGGCAACGGGCGCGACGCGCAUGCGUUCCACGCGGGCCUGGGACGCCACGUCGGAAGAGGCGGGUCGGCGCGCCCCCUGCCGGCCACCAGGGUGCAGCGCGGGAGGCUCCCAGAUCCCUGUGUCCCAGAUGAGAGAGACCCUGACAGUUUCCCUCACAGGUGGAGUGGGAGGCAAGAGCCAAGAAUCAGUGACGUUUGAAGAUGUAGCUAUAGACUUCACCGAAGAAGAGUGGGCCCUGCUGGACAUAUCCCAGCGAAAGCUGUUCAGAGACGUGAUGCUGGAGAAUAUCAGUCGUCUGGUCUUUCUGGUUAUUUUAGGCAUGGAAAGUCCCCGUAAAAAUCAAGAAAUUAAAUUAACAUAUCAGCAAGAAGGGUAUAGCCCUGACUAUGCCAAUGACUUGAGUAAUUCCUUUAGUCUUAGAAGACACAAGAUGACUCACACUGGAAAGAAGCCAUUUGAAUGCCCUCUUUGUGGGAAAGGCUUUCUGCAAAGCUCUGCCCUUAGAAACCACAAUCAAACACACAAUGGAGAGAAACCAUAUAAAUGCCAUCUGUGUGGGAAAGUCUUCAGUCAGAAUUCUUACCUUAGACUACAUGAGAAAAUUCACAUAAGAAAGAAACUAUAUGAAUGCCAUCUAUGUAAGAAGGCUUUCAUUCACACUUUUAGUUGAUGUGCUGAACUUAGACGACAUAACAGAACACACACAGGAGAGAAACCAUAUGCAUGUCACCAGUGUGGGAAAGCCUUCAGUCAAUAUUUCAAUCUUAGACGACAUGAAAGAAUGCACACCAGAGAGCAACCAUAUGAAUGUCAGCUAUGUGGGAAAUUCUUCAGUCAGUAUUCUUCCCUUAGACCACAUGAGGGAAUCCAACACUGGAGAGAAAAUCAUGAGGGUCUUCUGUAA